GAGUUUUUAAUUAAUAAAUCUGAUUUCAGCUACUGUUUCUUGGGAAAAAAGUGAAUGUCUACCUUUUCCAGGACUCGGAAAAGAAUUUGUGAAAGUUUGGUGACGAUAACUAAUAGAAGUGACUGAGUUAUUAGCGAGCAAACACACAGACCUUCCACUUUAUGCAUGUAGAUAGAUUUACAUAUUUUGAGAUUGUUGCUCGUGCAAUGAAGUCGUAAGUAUGCAAUCCAAAUCAUGUGAUAUCAAAGCUAAUAAUUUAAUUUUGAAAUUCUUGGAAUCUUAGCAAUCAAAAUUUUAACCCAAUAAAAAUGAUUUCAAUUGGUCCUAAGUACAUAAAGCUAAGAACAGCUUUGCAACUUGCAUGUAACCGAUUAAAGGUACUUCAGACUAAAAGGUCAGAACUGACACAAAAAAUGAGAAGAGACGUAGCAAAUUUACUGAAGAAAAGAAAAUAUAUGCUUGCUAAAAUUAAAACCCAAAGAAUUAUUAGAGAUGAAAAAACAGUUGAAGCAAUGGAGCUGACUGAAAUGUUCUGUGAUCACAUUUUAUCAAAAUAUGAAUUAUUUAAAGAAAUAAGUGAUAUUGAUGACAGUCUUGCAGAGGCAAUCUCAAGCUUAAUAUGGGUCGCACCUUACCUCCAAACAGAAAUAACGGAAUUAAAAGAUAUUGCCAAGCAAAUGACGAUUAAAUACGGAAGGAAUUUUUCCCGGGCAACUUUGAAAAAUGAAUUUGGCACUGUUAAUUCGGAACUAAUAAAAAGAAUUAGGCAAGUUUUUCCGUCGGAUGAUGAUAUACAAAAGUGCCUCACAGAAAUUUCUUGCGAAUAUGAUGUGCCUUUCGAUAACGAAUUUUUCCAGGAAGCUGUUCCCGAUUUAUCAUCGGAUGUUAAGCAAGUCGAAGAUAAGGCAGAAUCUAGUGAUACAAAAAGUGAAUUUACAGGACAUGACACCAAUGCAGUGAACAUUCCACUUUCAUGUAAAAAAGUGUUUAACUCAUUCAAAUUUAAGCCUAAAGUUAUUAAAUCAAGUUGUAAAGAUCUCAGUGAAAAGAUUAAUUUCAAUGAUCUUCCUUCAAAUCCUAAGGAUCUUGCAAUGGGUGAAAGAAAAAUCAAUGCAAGAGAAUCGAUAUAUAAUCCAAACGUUCAAACAUUUGAUAUGAAGCAAUCAGAAUAUUGUAGAUGCCCUGAAAUAGGCAUAUUAGAUCUCGACUAUGAUGAACCGCCACCAUCAUAUAGUACCAUAAUUGAAGAAGAUCAAGGCGUAUAUAACAUUAGUAGUCCUAAGUAAAGUUUGGGAUUUCCAUCUAUAUUUUAUAUGUCACAUCCUAGCUGUCCAAGUCCGGAGAAUCAGUCCAAUAACGACAUGGGAGUGUUUCAAAUCUUUCAUAUAGCAGAAGGAAAUGACACAAAUGGAAAUUUUAAUUUAAAUGUUAUCCCAGGUACUGUACCAGAAGGAGAUACUGUAAACGUUCAUACAACUGUUCUUCCGAGUAAAUCCCAUCACACGGGAUAAAUAACUUAACCUAAACAAUAAAUCAAUCUAAAUAACAGCCUCAAUAAUACUUACUGAUUGAGAUUUUUAAGCUGCUCCCCGGUACUUUCUCAUUAGCCAUUCCAGCUCGAAAAGCUUUACUAAUUAAUAUACUGCACAAAGAUGUCAUAUGUAAUUGGGAAAUAAAAAAAAAGGUUGCCGGAUAAUGCUUUGAAAAUUUUCAGUGUGACUAACAACUGUACGACUUCGCUGUUUGGUUCUGUUGGAUAUCGAAACACAGUAUUUUUCAUGCACUGUCAACUUAAUAUACGUAAUUAAUGAUUUAAAUAAUUAUUUCCUAAUGAGGAAAUACACGGUCGAAUUUAGUAGAUAAAAGAAUGUAGUAUGAUCACUCUCAACGCCAGAUGUCAGUGCUAAAUAACCAAUGGCAUAAGGAAUGUGUAGGCAGCACUUAUUCAGUGAUGGGAUAUAAAGCAUGUUAUAGGCUUUCAGAAAACAUUUCAUUGCUAUUGUCAAGAGUAAACGACCAACCUUGAAUUAUGAAAAUCUGGAAUAUUCUGCAGCGAAAACGGUUUCGGGAGGAUAUGAGUAUCACGCUGUGCAGCAAUGCAUUUUAAUCGUCUUAAUUCAAUUUGUAAUUCAUGAUUUACGUCACUGAACUAUUUAUAUGAUCCUGACUUAAAAUGUGCUAAUAUCUAAGAAGAUAUUCUAAAUUUUUAUACUCUUCGGCUAAUUUCAGUCUGUAAAUAUUUAUGUAAAUAUUUAUAGUGAGAAAAUACUGAGUAGAGAAGAAGAACUUUUAAAUACGUAGGUAAAAUUUUAAAUAUGACUAAAAUAAAAGGAUAUUUAAUGUCCAAACUAUCGCAUGGAUAAACUUAAUAAUGAGCAAUUUCUU